GUUCAAAGUCAGAAAAUGAGAUACAAGACUUCCUUGGUGAUGAGGAAACGAUUACGGCUUUACCGAAACUCCCUGAAAGAGUCAAGUAGCAGCUCCGGACACCAUGGCCCCCAGCUCGCUGCUGCCUCCAGCCCCUCGGUGUUCCCGGGCCUUCACGAGCAGCCUCCCCAGGCCUCCCCCAGCGGCACUUUGAACGGACUCCUGCGUCUGGGGCUCCCCGGAGACAUGUACGCUAGGCCUGAACCCUUCGCGCCGGGACCCGUGGCCCGCAGCGACGCCCUGGCAGCUGCCGCGGCCCUGCACAGCUAUGGGGGCAUGAACCUGACCGUGAACCUCGCCGCGCCCCACGGUCCCGGCGCCUUCUUCCGCUACAUGCGCCAGCCCAUCAAGCAAGAGCUCAUCUGCAAGUGGCUGGCAGCCGACGGCCCCGCACCGCCGCGCCUCUGCUCCAAAACUUUCAGCACGAUGCACGAGCUGGUCACGCACGUCACCGUGGAGCACGUCGGCGGCCCGGAGCAGGCCAACCACAUCUGCUUCUGGGAGGAGUGUCCGCGCCAGGGCAAGCCCUUUAAAGCCAAAUACAAACUUGUAAAUCACAUCCGCGUGCACACGGGCGAGAAGCCCUUCCCCUGUCCUUUCCCGGGGUGUGGGAAGGUCUUUGCUAGAUCAGAAAAUCUCAAAAUACACAAAAGAACUCACACAGGGGAGAAGCCCUUCAGGUGCGAGUUCGAGGGCUGCGAGCGGCGCUUCGCCAACAGCAGCGACCGCAAGAAGCACUCGCACGUGCACACGAGCGACAAGCCAUACACGUGCAAAGUGCGCGGCUGCGACAAGUGCUACACGCACCCCAGCUCGCUGCGUAAGCACAUGAAGGUGCACGGGCGCUCGCCGCCGCCGCCUAGCUCUGGUUACGACUCGGCCACGCCGUCUGCCCUCGUGUCGCCCUCGUCGGACUUCGGCCGCGAGCCCCCGGUGGCCUCCUCGGCGGCGGUGGCGGCGCGUGGCGCAGACCUGAGCGAAUGAUGUCCACCGCGUUGCUCGCAAGGUAAUCUCGGCCGGCGCAGCUGAGCGCCCGCAUCUCGCGCCUGCGACAUCAAAGGGCCCGCGCACAAAGCAAUGUUUCUUCGCCACGGUGCAUCUUCAUGGUAAGUUAGGAUUUCUAUGGCAAUGGGCAAGUCGCACUGAAAUCCUGAAAGGCCGAGCCUGGAGCCCGUCCAGGCUUUUCAUUAAGGACAUAAUAUUUACGUCUAACAGGCCUUUUUUCUUGUGUAUACAAGUAUAUAUUUUUGUUUGACGCGGACUAAAUCAUUUUCAUUUAAUUUCCGGUAAACAAAACCCACGCGAAUGGGCACUUGUUCCCGAUCAUAAUAAAAAUGGAUAAUAAUGUGAGGGAAGAAAAGGGCCGCUUGAAUCGCCGCUCAGCCCCCUUUGUUUCUGCUUUCUGCGGUGAUCAGAGGGCGCAUUUGGGUUUGAUGGCGAGUUUCUAAAGGCGAGGAAAUGGUUUGUAAGAGGGGAAAGAAAAGGAGAAAGGUCUAAUCAAGCUCGGGUUGU